GGCAUAUAGGCUUUGGAGUCCUGAGCACAGCCCCCCCAUUGUUCAACAGUAAUCAGUUAAAAUGUCAUAUGUGCAUUUAUGUUGCGGAAGAGCAUCCUCUCCUCUUUUUUUCUCUUUUUUUCACUGGAUGAUGUCACUCUGAUAUAUUUAUCAUUCUGUCACCGCAGUUGUUCACUGUUUUGUUUGUUUGUUUGUUUGUUUCUCUCAUGGUUUUAUUUCCUUCUAAUCCUCAUGCACAACCCACUUAAACAACACAACACAGUGAGUAUAGAGAAACUGAAAUGUGGCAUCACACUCAAUCUGAGUCGCAUCCAAUAUUUACAGCACAUGCCCAUCGCUGAAACAGCCUUUGUGUUAUUAAUAUGUAUACUUAUUAAAUGAAAUGUGCUAUUGCUUUGCAAUUGAACACAUUUAAUAGGGAUGAUUUGUUAAAUAGUCCCCAGUGAUGACUGUUCACAGCGAGGUAAAUGGAUUAUCCUGCAUAACUAGGACAUUGCUUUUGUAUAGAGAUGUUUUCUGAAGGGAUACAUUGAAAUGGAGUUUGAAAGAAAAUUCCAUUCAGCGCCAUUGUGUAAAUGUGGAGGCAGAAAUCUCUGAGACAAAUAUCUCAAAACCCGAGUAAAGAGAAUCAGAACCGUCUGCAUGGCUACACACCAGCAACAUGGGUCUUAUUUACAUAGUUUUGCCUUUUAGCGGUUGCGGGAUGUUAAUGACAGUUUGGGUAAUAAUUUCAUCAGUUGCCUUCUAUUUUUUUUCUUGACUGAUAGGAAUGAUGACCAAAAGUAUGAAAAAAAAACUGGAAUGAUGAAGAUUAUCAUAAAAUAAUAACAUCUCCCAUGGACCUGGGAACCAUCAAGAAAAGACUGGAAAACAACUACUACUGGAGUGCCAGUGAAUGUAUGCAAGACUUCAACACCAUGUUCAGCAACUGCUACAUAUACAACAAGCCUACAGAUGACAUAGUGCUGAUGGCCCUCGCCUUGGAAAAGAUCUUCUUGCAAAAAGUUGCCCAGAUGCCUCAGGAGGAAGUGGAGCUUUUACCUCAAACAGCCAAAGGGAAGGGCAAAAAGACGAGCAUUUCAGAUGGGCAGGAUGGGGGUGUGACAUGUCCUUCAGCUACAACUGUCACAUCUCAGCAAAGCCACAGCUACACACCCUCCAGCUCAUCCUCAACUCCCAAACAGUCAUCACAGACCGCCACGAAAAAGAAAGGGUUCAAGAGGAAGGAAGACACUCCGGCUGACUUGUCCUCAGCGAUCGUAAUCAGUUUGAGUGAUUCAUCAGAAAGCAAGAGGAGACGUGAAGCCACAGGCCGAUCCGUCAAUCCUUGUAGGAGCAACUUUGACGAAAAGGAGUCGCCGCCACGAGAAAACGAACAGGACGGACUGAGCCAACAGCUCAAAUACUGCAGCGAUAUCCUGAAGGAAAUGAUGUCGAAGAAACACGCUGCCUACGCCUGGCCUUUCUACCAGCCCGUCGACACUGAAGCUCUGCAGCUACACGACUACCACAACAUCAUCAAAUACCCCAUGGAUCUCAGCACUGUUAAAAAAAAAAUGGAUGGAAUGGAGUACCAGGAUGCACAGGGAUUCGCUGCGGAUGUGAGGUUAAUUUUUUCAAACUGCUACAAAUACAACCCUCCGCAUCACGAUGUGGUCACCAAGGCCAGGAGACUUCAGGGCGUGUUCGAGAAGAGGUUCGCGAAGAUGCCAGACGAGCCCGUCGAGUUGAUUUCGCCGGCGAGCGCCACAUCUGCUAACAGUUCAGGUUUUAGCGGAAACAGCUUUGACAAAUCCGACUCGGCGGAGGAUCGUGCCACCCGACUCGCUGAGUUGCAAGAACAGCUUAAAACGGUUCACGGACAGCUGGCCGCACUCUCUGAAGCCCCUGUGAUUAAACCAAAGAAGAAGAAAGAGAAGGACAAGAAAGAGGACCGCCAGCAAUAUAAAGACAGUACACAUUCCAAAUGUGCCUUAAAUUCCAGCUCCAGGCAGUCAUGGAAAGGCGAUUUAGAUGGCGAAUGUCUGCCAAUGACGUACGACGAGAAGCACCAAUUGAGCCUUGACAUUAACCGCUUGCCCGGCAUGAAGCUGGGUCGCGUGGUGCACAUCAUUCAGACCCGAGAGCCUUCGGUAUGCGACACCAACCAAGAUGAAAUCGAGAUUGACUUUGAGAAACUGAGGCCGUCCACUCUGCGUGAGCUGGAGCGAUACGUCAAGUUGUGUCUGUACAAGACAUUUAAGAAAUUUCAAAAGAAAAGCAGUCAAGAUGCAUCACAUCAUAUCAACAGCAGCGCUUCCUCAGAUUCUGUCAUCAGCAGCUCCACUGACUCCAGUUCAGAAAACAGUGACUCGUAACAGCUGCAGUAAUUUAUUUAUUUUUUCUUCUGUGACCAAAUCAAGUUAACAUGCUUAUUUUUCUAUUUGUUCUAUGUUUAAUACACAGUGAAUUAAACUUCCCACCA